AUGUCUCUCCCUCAGCCAGAGACACCCUUGAACGACGCGUGUUCCGUCAUCUUCGACCACACGCUUUACACAUACUCGGCCGACGCAUUUCAGUCUUUGAGGCUCGAACCAGGUGCCGAGUGGGAGGUUUUACCUCAGGGCGAGAAGGUCACGGGUGGUGCUUGUGUCGGUUCGACAACAGGAAAUCCAGCGACGUCGGCGUUCUUUGUGGUUGGAGGAAAGGGGGGCAACCCAGAGUAUCUGGGGCUUCAGAAGUUUACCUUCUCAACCGGUCAAUGGGAGAACGUUCCCGUGGAUACCCUCGAUAUUAGCGGCAGGACAGGACACAGCGCUGUUUACCUCAACAGCACAGACUCUAUUCUGAUAUAUGGUGGUGGCUCAGAGGGUCAAGCAUCAUCGCAGACAUUCACCGUCGGCGCAGCCGCACCACAUACUAUUCGUUCUCACGAAUCAUGGGCGCCACCAGCGGUAAAGCCCAUUCUGUUGCCUUGGUCUACUCACGAAGCUGUUAUGCUUGGUGGUAAUCCCGACAACAAACAGGUUUAUCUCUUCAAUAACCAGGAGGGGAAGUGGCUAGACUCUAAGGCAACGCUCGCAACACCACUCAAAGAUGCUUCAGCAGUUCAGGCCGUGCUUCUGGGUGGCGCCGAUGGGUCACAGAACCUGCUCACCUUCGACAUGACCGAGUCACCGAACAUUGUGAGGAGGACUGUCCUCUACACUGGCCCAGGACAGCCAGUAGCAGCCGCCGCACCAGUUAUCAAGAGGUCCGCCAGGAGAAGGGCGCGGAGUGUUGCCAGGCAGCAGAGGCGGAGAUCUGAGCCAUUAACACUGAAUAACUGGCCGGCGUAUAACUCAUCGCUCGCCCCAACAACAACGCGAACAAACUUCGCCCUGGCUAAGGAUAUUGAUGGAAUGGUUGUGAUUGCCGGUGGUAAUAGUGAGGACCCGGUAGCCAUGUUUGACACGACGACGAAUACUUGGCAGAAUGCCACAGAAAUGCUUGGUCAAGUCAGACUUCUUUCUCUGGAUGAUGAAGAAUCAUCGACUACGCUGUCUUCGACGACUGCUACCUCGACAACCGCGACACUCUCCACGUCGACAUCCUCGACGCUGGCUACGAUUACUAGCGAUGCUGCCGCUGCGGCAACGGCAACCCCAACCGAAACAGACGCUCCUGUGGCUGAUGGCUCCGGUUCAAAUGUCAACAUGAUCCUCGGCGCUGUGCUUGGGUCUGUCUUUGGACUGGCGCUCAUUUUGGGUCUGAUCUAUUUCUGCCUGCGGAGACGCACAAGACAGCAGGCUCAUACAGAGGCUGGCCACAUUAGAAGAUCCAGCGGCGCGUCUUCAAGCGAAAAGGACGGUAUUGGUUACGCCAAGGACAGCCUUGCCUUCGGUCAGGGUCCAGCUGGGGUAUUCCGGGGACACCAGUCUCAAGGCUCCAAGAGUUCCUUCUCUUCCAUGGCCAUCCUCAUGGGUCGUGCUAGUGAGAGUAAACCAAGGCUACCAGGCAUAGGCCGCAAGGGCAGCAAGUCCAGCAACGGCAGUAAGCGCGAUUCUGGGGACAGCGUUUUCAGAGCGUUCAAGAGCACAAUCAGCAAGCCCAUCCUUCCCGAGGCGCAAUCCCCGCAGCCCAUGCGGGACGAGAAAGGCGUAUCAUUUAUUACCGAGACGGCUGAACCAAGACCACGGAACCUGACCACAACGGAUAAGCGAGAAAGCACUCGCAGAAGCUCUGGUUGGAAUCGCUACUGGUCUGGAGGCUCGGCGCUUAACAUGCUCGGCUUUGGCAGCAGCAACUCGAAUACCAAGAACAAUUCGCAGCGGACUACCCUACACUCAGAGCGGAGCUCCAAGUACAGUGAUCAGCAGAACCGUAUGACCCAGGACAGCGUUACUGUGCCUCGCCUCCAGAUUUACGAGCCUCGUCUAUCAUUCAGCCGUGUCAACUCUCACAGCCCCACCAUCGCCACAUAUAACAACACCAAGUUCAACGAAGGCAUGAGUGCUCAGAUCGAGACGGGGCGUCCGAUCAGCGCGGUGAGCGACCUCUCCAUGUCAGCCUAUUCGAGCGGCAUUCCAGAGUCUGUUCAUGAAGCCUGGGAUCCUACUGUUAGCAACAACCGGCCUUGGGGCAUGGAGCGACAAAACUCAUCGAACACUGGCAUCUACGCCACGGCUCUCGCUCCAGCUUCUGCAGCCAAGCCCCCUGCUGAGCCGGCGCCUCUGCGCAAGCAGCCAUCUGCUGUACGCGAUGAUAUGAGCUGGCUCAACCUUGGCUAA